AUGGGCGUUCGUCUAGGCCUCCUGAGCGAUGCUCUGUGGCCGCCACUGCUGUUGUUGCUGUUGCUCUGUGCCUGGCACUGCUGCUGGGGUCGGCCAUUCAUGAUGCCUGAGCCGACUGUGAAUGUAGCGGUGGUGUUCAGUGGCUCUGCCUACCAGAUGGAGAUUAAAGGGCGCCUGAGCCGGGAGAACUUCCUGGACCUGCCUCUGGAGGUGAACCCCAUCACAGUGCUGGUGAAUGACAGCAAUCCUCGGGCACUGUUGACGCGCAUCUGUGACACACUGGCUGCUAAUCGCGUGCAUGGAGUGGUCUUUGAGGACAACAUCGGCUCUGAGGCUGUGGCGCAGAUCCUCGACUUCAUCUCCACGCAGACAUCUGUGCCCAUUGUAGGCAUCAGUGGGGGGUCUGCUGUCGUCUUGCCAUACAAGGAUGAUGGCUCCAACUUCCUGCAGCUGGGCGCUUCCAUUGAGCAGCAGAUCAAUGGUAUGUUCAAAGUAAUGGAGGAGUACAACUGGGACAGUUUUGCAGUGGUGACCAGCCAGUAUCCUGGUUACGAGGCCUUUGUGGACUACAUCCGCUCCUUCACAGAUACCUCCUACUUUCUGUGGGAGCUACAGAAUGUACUGACAUUUGACAUGUCAGCUGAUAGCAUGAAUGACCUGCGCGCACGGCGUCUGCUGCAGCAGAUCGAUGCCCAGGUGCUGCUGGUCUACUGCUCAUUUGAAGAGGCUCAGUAUCUUUUCAGCAUGGCCAGAGAGGUGGGUCUGGUUGGACCUGGUUAUAUUUGGAUCAUCCCUAGCCUGGCAGUCGGCAACCCCAACCUGCCACCACCUGACAGCUUCCCUGUUGGCCUAAUCAGCAUCAUCACAGACCGGUGGAAGAUGAGUCUAAGGAACAGGGUGAGGGACGGUGUGGCCAUCAUCGUGAAAGCGGUGCAAAGCUUCCGCAAGCACAGAGGCUUUAUUCCUGAUGGACAUGCUGACUGCCAGUCCAGUCCAGUGCAGCCAGAAAACAAUGACACACUCUUCAGGCACAUGUUGAAUGUGUCAUGGGAUCACACAGACUUCUCAUUCAACAGUGAUGGAUACCUCAUCAACCCUUCCAUGAUUAUCAUCACACUGGACCGGGACAGGCAAUGGGAUAAGGUGGGAAAUUAUGAGUCUGGUAUACUGCAGAUGCGUUAUCCUGUCUGGCCUCGCUAUGGAACGUACUUGGAGCCAGUGUCUGAUAACCGCCAUCUAACUGUGGCCACCCUUGAAGAGAGGCCAUUUGUGAUAGUGGAGGCUGUAGACCCCAUCACUGGCACCUGCCUCAGCAACACUGUGCCCUGCAGGCGCCAAUCAAACAAGACGGAGGCGAUUGUUGGAGAUACUGAGCCCUACACCAAACUGUGCUGUAAAGGCUUUUGCAUCGACAUCCUAAAGAAACUUUCCCGUAACAUCAAGUUCUCCUAUGAUCUCUAUCUGGUCACCAAUGGCAAGCACGGCAAGCUCGUCCGAGGCAUCUGGAAUGGCAUGAUUGGAGAGGUGGUCUAUAAGAGGGCAGACAUGGCCAUUGGGUCUCUCACUAUAAACGAGGAGCGCUCUGAGAUCAUUGACUUCUCCGUUCCAUUUGUGGAGACAGGGAUCAGUGUGAUGGUAGCCAGGAGCAAUGGAACUGUGUCUCCAUCAGCCUUUUUGGAGCCCUAUAGCCCUGCUGUGUGGGUGAUGAUGUUUGUGAUGUGCCUGACAGUGGUGGCCGUGACUGUGUUUGUCUUUGAGUACUUCAGCCCUGUAGGGUACAACCGUAGCCUGGUCACUGCAAAAGAUCCUGGUGGGCCAACCUUUACCAUUGGGAAGUCGGUAUGGCUGCUUUGGGGGAUUGUCUUCAACAAUUCUGUGCCAAUUGAGAACCCAAAGGGCACUACGAGUAAGAUCAUGGUGCUGGUUUGGGCCUUCUUCGCUGUUAUCUUCCUGGCCAGUUACACAGCCAACCUGGCAGCAUUCAUGAUCCAAGAGCAGUACAUUGACACUGUUUCUGGCCUGAGUGACAAAAAGUUCCAGAAGCCCCAGGAGCAGUACCCACCAUUUCGCUUCGGUACAGUGCCCAAUGGAAGCACAGAGCGGAAUAUAAGGAGCAACUAUCCUGAGAUGCACUCCCACAUGGUCAAGUACAACCAGAAGGGUGUAGAAGAGGCCCUGAACAGCCUCAAAUCUGGCAAACUUGAUGCGUUUAUUUAUGAUGCUGCUGUGCUGAACUACAUGGCUGGUAAAGAUGAGGGCUGUAAACUAGUGACCAUUGGCAGUGGGAAGGUUUUUGCAACUACAGGCUAUGGCAUUGCCUUACAGAAGGAGUCCCGCUGGAAACGACAUAUUGACCUUGCCCUGCUCCAGUUUCUUGCUGAUGGUGAUACUCAGAAGUUGCAGACAGUGUGGCUGACUGGAAUCUGCCGCAAUGAGAAGAAAGAAGUGAUGAGCUCCAAGCUGGACAUUGACAACAUGGCUGGAGUGUUCUACAUGUUGCUGGUGGCCAUGGGCCUCAGUCUGCUGGUGUUUGCAUGGGAGCACCUGCUCUACUGGAAACUACGCCACUCUGUGCGCAAAUCUGAACGCCUCGACUUCUUACUGGCAAUCAGUAGGGGUAUCUACAGCUGCUUCAAUGGUGUGGAAGAUGCAGACCGCAAUGGAAGUAUACAGAGCCCAGAUGUCACUAGCAGUUACACCCAGGCCAACAUGCUAAAGAUGCUUAAGACAGCCAAGGAUAUUGUAUCCUCUGCCAGAGUGGAAAAUUCCUUGGACAAUGCCACUAAGACAAUUGAGAAUUGGAGCCGCCGAGCUCCAGAAGCUUCAAAACCUUGUCUUCCGACCCGUCUGAUUAGCACUGAUGCUAGUCAUGGCCGUUUGUCCUACAUCUCCAGUGUCCCCAACAACCAUACACCUUAUACCCAGAGGGCACUGACUCCCACUUUCCCCCUGCAUUAUGGAAACAGUGCCACCUUGCUAGAGAAGCCUCGGGGAGUGUCAAGGCCUGUCCCAUUACGCUACACUCUUCCUGCACGGACGAGUCACCAUCAUAUAUAUGAACGAACACUACCUAUUUCUAGUCUAAGCAGUCCCCAUAUUGCUAUGAGGGACCCCCCACCUCCCACAGCCCCAAAGCCACACCACAGCGCCAGGCUAUUCAUGGACAGCCAGGGCUGCCAUAAAAUGGCCUCUUCCUUUCUCCCUUAUCGUGAGUACCAUGCCCCUGACAUCUAUGUGGAACACCAAGAACCUCCUGAGAGCCGGAAACUGUAUACUGAAGGACUGUGCCGUAAGAAGAGGUCCCACAGCUACGUGGCACCAUCGCCUGAACCUCGCCGCAGAAAUGACUAUGAUGAACCAACCUCUUGCAUGGCUGAGCUUAGAGCCAAUCAGCUCCUGGAAAACCAUGCCCAUACUUCACCCUUUGUGGGAAGCCACUACCAAAGGCCCAGUGGCAGCUACAACUCCUGCAUGAAACCAUAUCUGGAACCAGAUAUGGAUGAUGUCCCUCUGCUGGGAAAAGAGAAACUGAACCGCCGCGCCUCUUUCCUCAGGGCCACUUGGGGUGGUGACAGGAUGCGGCAUCAAGAUGAGAAGCCUUCAACCUCUGCAUCUUCUUCUACUCGCAUCAACAUGCCUGACCUCUUCCCUCGUGUAAUGGUAGCUAAUCAGAAGCCUUCAAAGAUGUAUGCCAGUUCUAGUAACAACUUUUGCUACAAUAUGCCAGCUGAGCCGGCCUAUCUUGAUCCAGCUCACAUGGGAUCCUACCCCUACAAGCCACAGAAACUCAAAUACUCUCAUUCUACCCGCCUUCCCUCAUACCGUGAGGCAAUUCUGCAGAACGCAGCAGCUCUGCGGCGGUCUUCUUCCACAGUUGUGCACAGACAUUACUCCACCUACUUGAACUCAUACACUGAUUUGCCAGUAUACAUGGGCUCACUGGCACAGGGGCCUGCACAUUUCUAUGAUCAUUCCAAAGACAUGUGUCACCUGUUCCCCUGCAUCAACCACUACACAAAUGAUGCUGCCCUGGUAACCCGGAUAGGUGGAAGGCCUAUGGUGUAUGAAAGCACUGCUUUUGGAGGUUACAAGGGUGUUGGAUGCUCACGUGAUGAACCACCUCUGCAGCCACUGCACAGUUUACCAGCCUCAUCUAAGAACAGGGACCGCAGACAGGUUUUGGUGGCACGGAGGCUUAACAGUCCUUAUGUGCCAAAGCCCUGGGGCAGAGUGUCUAGUCUGGAGUCUGAAGUCUAA